GACAACAAAGAAAAUGGCCAGCCUGUCGAGGAGGUGGGUGUUGUUUGCAGCCCUCGUGGUUGUGUUACUGCUCUGUCUGGCCGACGCCUAUCCACCCAAACCGGAGAGUCCAGGCAGUGACGCCCCGCCGGAGGAGUGGGCCAAGUACCACACGGCCCUGCGGCACUACGUCAACCUGAUCACCAGGCAGAGGUAUGGGAAGAGGUCCACUCCGGAAGAGGCUCUGGCCUGGCUGCUCUUCCGAGCUGAGCCGGAUCAAGACCGCGGACCUCGGGUGGAGUUCAGCGAUCAGUGGUAACGAACCAUGACCACGACCAGACACGAGGAGAUGCUGCAGCCUCCAUGUAUGAUGAUCUGAUGUGCAUGCAAAUCACUCUCUCUCUCUCUCUCUCUCUCUCUCUCUCUCUCUCUCUCUCUCUCUCUCUCUCUCUCUCUCUCUCUCUCUCUCUCCCCCCCCUCUCUCUCCCCUCUCUCUCUCUCCCCUCUCUCCCUCUCUCUCUCCCCUCUCUCCCUCUCUCUCGCCCCUCUCUCCCUCUCUCUCGCCCCUCUCUCCCUGUCUCUCUCCCCUCUCUCUCUCUCUCUCUCCCCCUCUCCCCUCUCUCCCUGUCUCUCUCUCUCUCUCUCUCUCUCUCUCUCCCCCCUCUCUCUCUCCCCCCCCUCUCUCUCUCUCCCCUCUCUCUCUCCUCUCUCCCUGUCUCUCUCCCCUCUCUCUCUCUCCCCCUCUCCCCCCCUCUCUCUGUUCAUCUAUCUGACUGUCAUUUUUGCUCACUGUAUUUUUCUUUGUUCUUGGCUAAAAAGUGUAAAUAAUUUUUAACAAAAUCACUUCAAAAUAAAGGUUUUAAUAC